GCGCAGACUUCGAGCGCAGGGUGCCCUACAGCUACCUGCAGCGCGCCUACAUCCAGUUGAACAAGCUGGAUGAAGCAGCAGAUGCAGCUCACACUUUCUUCAUGGCAAACCCUGAGCACAUGGAAAUACAGCAGGAUAUUGAGAAUUACAAAACGACAGCAGGGAAGGUCAAUCUGAUUGACCGAGAGGCCAAGCCACACAUGGAGGACUACACUGCUGGGGUGAGGCACUACGAUAAGGAGGAGUACGACCUUGCCAUUGAGUUCUUGGAGCGUGCAUUGAAAGAGUACUACUCUGAGGAUGAAGACUGCCAGAUCAUGUGUGAAGGGCCUCAGAGAUUUGAGGAGCAYGAAUACCUGGAAUAUAAGGGUGGCCUCUAUGAAGCUAUUGCAGAUCACUACAUGCAAGUCCUGAUGUGCAAACACGAUUGCAUCCGAGAGCUUGCUACACGUUCAGGACGUAUCUCACCCAUUGAAAAUUUCCUUCCGCUCCAUUAUGAUUACUUGCAGUUUGCCUAUUACAGAGUCGGUGACUACGUAAAAGCUCUGGAAUGUGCCAAGUCCUACCUCCUGUUCCACCCAGAUGAUGAAGAUGUCUUGGAGAACGCAAGUUAUUAUGAGGGUCUUCUGGAAGGUACCCUGGAUCCAGACACCAUCAAACCUAGAAAGGAAGCUAAAAUGCUGCUGAAGCGCCAUAAGCUGGAAUCUCAGCUCUUGCAGAUGGCUGCAGACGGCCUUGGAUUCGCCUACACAGAGCCGAACUACUGGAACCGAUAUGGAGCCCGUCAGGAUGAACACAGUGUCCCAUCAAGUAUUAGCAGUGAACCAGAGGAUGGGCCCAGGCUGUCCCUAGGAAAGAAACCUGGGUCAAAAAUAGAUCGAGAGUUGAAGGAGGGGGGUCCUCUUCUCUACAGUGAUGUGAAGUUUGUCUACAACUCCCAGCAGCUGAACGGUACCCAGCGAGUGCUGUUGGAUAAUGUCAUCUCAGAGGAGCAGUGCCGAGAGCUUCACAGGGUGGCCAGUGGAAUCAUGUUGGCUGGAGAUGGUUACAGGGGCAAAACCUCACCCCAUACSCCAAAUGAGAGAUUUGAAGGAGCCACUGUCCUCAAAGCCCUCAAGUACGGCUAUGAGGGUCGUGUCCCACUGAAGAGUGCCCGCCUCUUCUACGACAUCAGUGAGAAGGCUCGUCGGAUCGUCGAGUCUUACUUCAUGCUGAACUCCACGCUCUACUUCUCCUACACACACUUGGUGUGCCGCACAGCCCUGUCUGGCCAGCAGGAGAAGAGGAACGACCUGAGCCAUCCCAUCCAUGCUGACAACUGCCUCUUGGACCCUGAGGCCAACGAGUGCUGGAAGGAACCUCCUGCCUACACCUUCCGGGACUACAGCGCCCUCCUGUACAUGAAUGCAGAUUUCGAAGGAGGCGAGUUCAUUUUCACGGAGAUGGAUGCCAAAACUGUAACCGCCUCUAUCAAACCCAAGUGUGGGCGAAUGAUCAGUUUCUCGUCAGGUGGUGAGAACCCCCACGGGGUGAAAGCAGUUACCAAAGGCCAGAGGUGCGCUGUGGCUCUCUGGUUCACCAUGGACCCACUUUACAGAGAGCUGGAGCGAAUCCAGGCAGAUGAAGUGAUAGCAAUGUUGGACCAGGAGCACCUAGGACCCAGUGAAAUGAACAUCAACCCAAAGGAUGAGCUAUGAACUAGGCCAAAGACUUUUUCUAUUAAAUAUUUAUUUAAUAUUGUUAAUCUUAUUAGAACCUCUCUAUUUUUGUACAGAGUUGCUGUAUAAAUUAACAGGUUAAUAUGAUUGUGGAGUUUCAGAAACACCUCUUCUGUGUUUAGUGCAGCUCUUGCUGGAACCCCUUGUUCUUGUGCCAACAUCUCCUGCUGAGCCUAACUCUUGGAUUUCCUGUCCUUUUCUUAGCACUUCUCAGGACUUAGAUGCACCGUAACAACUCGGGGGACCCCUUUCUUCUUCCUCAGGCAGAAGUAUCUGCUUCUCCUCGGUGCCCUAUUGUGAGAAACAUCUUCUGUAUGAUGAGGGGACAUUGACAGCACCACUUCUGUACUGUCCAAAGACCCAGGCAGUGCUGCCCUCAACCCCUUGGUUUAUUCAGGACAAYUCACACUAGCAACGCACUAAAGCAAGACGACUACUUAGCAGCUACCUGCGAAACAAGGCACCUACAUAGCAGUUACUUACGAGAGGAUACUUGCCAGCAGGAUAGCGAGACCCAUCAUUCUGCUUGAUGGAUGA